AUGGCCCCCACACCAGCAGCAGUCUGGCGCAACCUAACCGCAUCCGACAUCAACAACCUCAUGCACGUCGCAAAUACCAUUCACCCAGACCUACCAGAACGUGCUAGCAUCUUCGCUGAGCGCGUCGCCCUCUACCCGGACGGGUGUCUGGCCCUCGUUAACGAAACUGGCGAGCUUCACGGCUACGCCAUCUCGCAUCCAAUCCGACAUCACCAGCCGCCAGCACUGAAUACCCUGCUAGGUGAGAUCCCCGCUGAUGCAGGUGAGUACUAUAUCCACGAUGUUGCGGUCCUGCCGGGACUGAGGGGGCAGGGUCUCGCUGCGCAGGGGAUAGGCCGCCUUCUAGGGGUUGCGGCUGCGAAGGGGUUCUCGAGGACCUGUUUAGUAUCGGUUUAUGGCACGGAGGCUUUCUGGGGGCGCUUCGGGUUCAGACCGGAGGCGGUUGAGGAGUUGAAGGAGAAGCUCAGGGGGUAUGGUGACGGAGCUGUUUAUCUUACCCGGGAAGUGGUUUUUUCGGACUAG